UUAGUGUCAGCUGGGUUGGUUAAAACUGCACCGGAAUAAUGGCAACCUAACCGACACCGUUUUUGUUUCUCUAUCUCAUUAAAUUUAUCGGCAUACCAAAAACUGGAAUCCAGCAGCAUGGCCAUGAAGUUCUCUGAAUUCGAUCACACUCCUUUUUACUGUGAAGAGAAUGUUUACUUGCUUUGCAAGAAAUUGUGCGGCAGUGGAACAGCUGAUGCGGACGGAUCAGAUCUUUUUGUAGUUUUCAUCUCUAACGAGAAAAAACAGAUUCCCCUGUGGAAUCAGAAGGCUAGUAAGAGAGUAGAUGGAAUUAUUCUGUGGGAUUACCAUGUCAUUUGCAUUCAGAGGAAAAAUGAUGGUGCUUUUCCUUGUUUAGUGUGGGACUUGGAUUCCAGUCUUCCAUUUCCUUCUCCUUUGACUCCCUAUUUGUCAGAGACCAUCCGUCCUUCUUUUCAGCUCUUCUCUGAGUUUCAUAGGUAUUUCCGGAUUGUCCAUGCUCCUAUAUUCCUUCGUUACUUUGCAUCUGAUCGAAGGCAUAUGAAGGAUUCUGUUGGGAAAUGGGUUGCUGAACCACCUAAAUAUGAACCUAUAGUUGCUGAAGAUAACACUGUGCACAACUUAAGUGAGUACAUUGAAAUGCGAUCUGCUGAUGUGGCAACAGAUGUUGGAGUUGAUCUUAUUAAUGCUGUUUUUACUGAGAAACUUGGUGUGGUGAUUGGCGAAAAACAACUGGAGGAGUUCUUUUCCCAAGUUUCUUGAGGACUUGUGUCUUUUUUUUCUUUUUAUUUGGUAAUUAGAGAACCUGUCCUGCCUUAUUGGACCGGUAAACCUUGAGGUAUAGUUAUUGGAUCUACAACCAUUACACCGGAUCCGUUAGAACUAGUAUCUUUGUUGCUUGCAAAUAACAUUGAGUGAGUUAUGGAUGUAUGAACCAGAGUACAAGCUGCAUCACUCCAUCAAUCAGUGAACCUUUUUUCAAAGAAACCUGUUUCUGAGGAAAAAGUUCACUUGGAGGAUGGAAAUUUGUGAAAAACGUGUGCUCCAAUAGAUGUUUUCCUUUAGUUUGGCUUCUUGGCUGUAACUAGGGAACAUCAGUAAACGUGUUCUGUCAGAAAUCAUGGUCUAGUCUAGCUAGAUAAGUUUUGUAAAAUGCUACAUUGGCACCAUUUAGUUGUGUUUUAGGUGGUGUUUGAUAUGGCUUCAUCUCAUACACUUUGCAAAGCAUGUUUUCUUGAA